AUGACUUCCUCCGGCUCCUCCUCCUACAACCCCUUCGCCGGGCCGAACCCCACUGACAUCCGCGGCAUCAACAUCCACGACCGCGUCCCCAUCGUCCUCGAUGUCACCGACGCCACGUACUUUGCGUGGAAGACGUGCUUCUCGCUGCUCUUCUGCGAGAACAAUCUCGUGGAUCACGUUGACGGCUCCGUCGACUCCCGCGCCAUGGUGGGCAACUCCGAGUGGACCGCGAUCGACGCCACGCUCAUCUGGUGGUUCUUCACCACCAUCUCGAAGGACCUGUUUCACACGGUCGUGAGCAAUGGUGAUGACGCCCGCGCCGUGUGGGUCAAGCUCAACGGCCUCUUCACCGACAACAAGCUUCAGCGCUGCGUUUUUUUGCAGCAGGAAUUUUUUGACUGUCAUCAGGAUGAUCAGUCUAUCGAUGACUACUGCCGCCGCCUGAAGACGUUGGCGGAUGAGCUCCGUGACAUUGGCGCCAAGGUUGAUGACGACCUCCUCCUCAGCACGCUCACCACCGGCCUCAACGAGGACUUCGGUAACGCCGCCUCCAACCUCUCCCUCAUACCGGAGCCCUCCUUCCCCAAGUUCGUGGCAUACUUGCGGUUGGAGGAGCGUCGGAUGAAGGGGGUCAAGAAGCGCGUGCAGCACCACGCCCUCGCCGCCGGCACCUCGCGUGGUGCCCCUCCAUCGGCCGCCCCGCCCGCGUCUGCGCCCCGCCACUAG